AUGGAAGGAGGUGAUCAAGAUCAUCAACUCCACCACCACCACCACCAUCACUACCAACAACAGCAACAUCACCACCGUCCAAACUUCCCCUUCCAGCUGCUCGAAAAGAAGGAGUUAGAUCAAGAAGCUGCCUCCUGCUCUAACUCGACCUCCCCCUACCCUUCUCUAGCCAUCACCACUGUGGACCCUGCGACCGCCAUCACCACCACCACAACAACCUCCACUCUCCAAGCUUCCGCCGAGCCCUCCAAAAAGCCUCCUCCCAAGCGGACCUCCACCAAGGACCGACACACGAAAGUCGACGGACGCGGCCGUCGCAUUCGAAUGCCGGCCCUCUGCGCUGCAAGAGUCUUCCAGCUCACCCGCGAGCUCGGCCACAAGUCUGACGGAGAAACCAUCGAGUGGCUUCUCCAGCAGGCCGAGCCAGCGGUGAUCGCCGCAACGGGCACCGGCACAAUCCCCGCCAAUUUCACAUCGCUCAACAUCUCGCUCCGCAGCUCCGGCUCGAGCAUGUCGGUGCCGUCGCAGUUAAGAUCUUCUUAUUACAGCCCCAAUUUCUCGGUUCACCAGAACCAGCGCCGGAGCCUCUUUCAGGGAAUCGGCCUCUCGUCCUCGGACAGCUCGUCGACUCUGCUAAACUUUCAAACCAACAGCAUGCACGCCUCCAUGUUGCAGGCCAAGCAGGAGCUGCGCGACACGGUGUCGUUGGAUCUCUCGGAGACGGCGUCGGGGGAGGGGAGCAUGGGAGGGAGGAAGCGGAGGCCGCCGGAGCAGGACUUGAAUCAAAUGGGCGGGGGCGGCGGUGGAGGUGGUGGAGGAUACUUGUUGCAGUCUAGCACCGGCUCAGUCCCGGCCAGCCACCACCACAGCCAGAUUCCGGCAAAUUUUUGGAUGGUGGCGAAUUCUAAUAACCAGGUUAUGAGUGGAGACCCUAUUUGGACUUUCCCAGCUUCGGUCAACAACAGCGGGUUGUAUAGAGGGACCAUGCCAGGUGGGUUACAUUUCAUGAAUUUUCCUGCUCCUAUGACCCUAUUGCCUAGUCAGCAACAAUUGGGAGGCUCUGGCGGAGGCGGUGGAGGUAACGACGGCGAUAACAUGAGUGACGGGCAGUUAAAUAUGCUCGCUGGGCUUAACCCAUACCGGCACAUGUCCAGUACGGGUGUUUCAGAGUCCCAGCAAGCAAGUGGGUCCCAUUCGCACCACGGGGGAGACGAUCGGCAUGAUAGUACUAGUCACCAUUCAUAG